AUGAAGUCUAAAGCAUCGAUCGACCUGGUUGACAGCUUUCAGCACAAGCUGGAUGGGGUCGCACCACUGCCUCGGGGAGUGGACAACAUCAAGCUGGCAUCGCUGCCCACUAUGCGUAAGGCUGUGAGGAAGCUCAAGAAGAUGGACUGGAGUGGCCAGACCUAUGAAGACUUCGCGAAAAAGACCGAAAAGCUGAACCCAGACGUUGAAUUUACGAAAGAUCUCAUGGACGACGGUUGCUCGCCGUCAUGGACAAGCAUGUCUUCGACGCCGAGUACAGACAGCGGCCACUCACCCGACGAGGCACUGUGUUUCGAAUCCUCCCGGACCAAGUCGCCGGCUCUGAAAGGAGAAGCAUUGAACAUGAAGCUUCCGACGCUUCCUUCGAAAAGAUUGCCCUCCAACGAGCCCUACCAGCUUGGGUGUGAGUUUCAAACGUACGAAGGAUUUGCGAAGAAGACCGAGAAGUGGAAUCCGGAGGAGAACUUUACCAAGGAGUCUAUGGACGAAGCCUUUCGAUCCGCCAUAUCGGUUACUAUAGCCCAUGCUGGUCACAAGUCAUGA